AUGGAUCCGUUUCUCGCUGUUCCAAUAGAGGUGCGCCAGGGCAUACUGGAAGGGCUGCCCACGCUGCGAGACUUGCAGUCGGCAAGCCUGUCCAGCCGAGCCCUGCUUGUCGCGAACGUCGCCUCCAGACGCUUUAUUCGCCACCGCGUAUUUCUCAACCAGUACCACGAUCUCGAAGCGGAAAUAAGCCCUGGAAAGAAGAGAAAGAACAGCUCUUUCGCAGUCGCUAAUCGCUGGAUCGAUUAUUUGUCAAAGAAAGAUGCAUACGACGGUCUCAUCCUCCGAGAAGCCAUCUGGCCCCACUUAAUAGCCGACCAAGAGCAGUACAAGCGCACUUAUAGUAGUGGCAAGGAUGUAGAGGUCUUCUGUUCGUGGGCUGAACACCUUGCUUCCUCUUGCCGACAAUUUCACGAUGAGGCCAAAGCGAGGCGCGUCGAAGCAGAGACAUUACGGCUUGUCCCUGCUAAUAUCAUCUAUUUGAGCGAGCCAUGGCUUAUAUGGUUGCAGGCAACCAUCGCCGCUUGCACGAAUCGCGGCGACUACGGCUACGCAGCAUACAUAUGCAAGGACAUGUGGUCCCGCUUUGACCGAAGUCCGGACCAUCGCCACAAGCCUGGAUUGGAUGGGCUCGCACUCGUCAGGAUCACCUCGACACUCUGUCACCAUCAGGACGGUGUUGGAACCGCAAAUCCAUCAUCCAUGGAAGAGGUCAAUUCAGCGCUCCGCUUGGCUUGGGAAUUCCUCCGCGUACAGUGUGCGAGCGGUGGCCCCGUCCACCAGCCUGGCAUGUUCUGUUACCGAUGUCUUGACGCUGCCAAGCUACUCAUCGAAGGAGCCCAACAUUCUCAUGGCGCUGUUGAGCCGGGUCUGCCUCAUCUACAGAUAGUAUGGCAGAGUAUCCAGCCAAGGGGCAUGGCUUUUAAUGCGUGGUCACAUCUCUUCGUGGACAGCCACGACGACCGACUCGCCGGGGUGUUCAUGGUCUGGGCGAGGCUACAAGAAGACAGACGAGGAAUAUUCCUCCAGGAUAUCGAUCUCGACUGGGCCAGGGAUAUUAUCUGGCUGCUCCGGAAGAAGGGUGCGAUGGAACGAAGUCUUGCCUUUCAGGCAGAAGUGUUUGACUUGAUGUCUCCACGCGACCACCAGUAUUGCGCGUUCGGUCGAAAUCUCGCAGAUGCAUAUGUCAAAAACGGUCAGAUACAGCAUGCAAUCGGCGUGAGGGAAAAGGUGCUCGACGAGCUGCCUGAUGUAUCUGCCGUUCGCCCUUCUUGGAUCAUGUCGUUGGCUGGUCUAUACAAGAGAGUCGGCCGGAAUGAAGAUGCGGGUCGUCUUUCGGAAUCUUUGUUGAAGGUGGAUCAUGGUUCAGCGUCUUGA